UGUGCCGAGUGUCUCCGAGUAAAGCCACGCCUACCGACUUGACUUUCGCCACUAAGUUCGUGGCUGUCUACUUGUUCAUAAAAGUCAAGGGAUCCCGACCGAUGACGUAUCAGUACUUAACAGUGGAUAUGGUCGAAACAGCAAAGAGCAAUGGAGGAUUUAUCGAUCAGAAAAAAUUCAAGACAGCUGCACGAUAUGGAUUUGAUAGCUUAUACUUAUCUGACACUAGUGUUCAAGUGCUGGAUGCCUACAUCAUCCACGUGCGUCCACUUUUAAGGCCGACGUGUGACUAUGUUCUCGUGACGAAAAAUGGUGGGCAGCACAGUAAGAUCGGCGAACUCAUGGGCAAGAUGGUGUUUGAUGCUACGGGGAAAUAUAUACACCCGACACGCUACCGACAGAUUGUCGAAACCGCCAGUCAACAACAAUUAAACAGCGAAGAGCAGGRAACGAUUUCCGAAGAUCAAAAACACAGUUCGGUGGUGACGAUCCCGCGACGAUCCCGCGAUGUUGCAACGAAGGCUCACGAAUGCAUGAUAUAAUUGCAUGGUGAAAAGGGCUCUCAGGUGGAUGGCGACGUUUCCUCCAGAUUGAGCUCGGACAGCUCAGCUUCUGCACGUAAUAGAGCUUCGCCGACUAAAGAUGGAAUGCAAAAUGAGAAAAACGAGAUAAAGUGUCAAGAUCAUCAAACUCCACCUGGGGAUUGCCGCAAAAGGAAAAUCCUACUUUUAAGUCCGAAAGAAGACGAACAAUUGAAAAGUGGCAUAAAAAAUAUGGCUUUGGACAGUGGUCUGCCAUUUUAAAAGAUUGUGAAUACAAUU